GGAAGGAACAACUACCACGCUGCAACUCGACAAACACUUCUUGCCACUUUUAUCUUCAAUUCCUCUUCAAAAAGCUUCAACACCUUUCGUUCUCGUGGUUUUAUGGAAAUAUAAACUACAUGCUGGCAGAAAGGGGGAACUAGAGCUUAACAGCACCACCCCCCUCCUCGUCUCCAGCUCACAAUAUCCUCUUUUGGACCCAACCAGCCCCUGUUUUUAUGUUAUCUCUUUGGUUUUAGUGUGGCGCGCACACACACGCACACACACACACACAAACCCAGUGGGGAUGAUUGUCUGGGCAGAUGGUGCUCAGUGUGUGGACUAGAAGCUGAGACAGGCGGAGAGAGACAGACUCCUCGUCCAUCAUGGGAUGCUGCAGUGUGACCCAGAGGCAUACUGGAGUGGACGAGGUGGGCCCUGAUGAGAUCGAGCUCCUGGAACUCUCCGGAGACAAUUUAGGGGUGUGGAGUCUGGGAGAGACCAGGCUUCAGCUGUCAGUGAGGAGCAGCAGAGAUGAGCAGCAGCCACCGCCACCGCCCUACCCUUCAGUACGACACCUGAAACCAGAGGUGGUGCUGUGGGGCAGGAGCAGAGACGAGUUGCACCACAGGAUUUACUCCCACCAGCCAAUCAGGGAGUGGGAGGGCCAACCUGCCCACAUGUAUGGAGAGAUCAUCCAGUCCUCCCUGGUGUCUCUCUAUAACAGCUACACACAGGUAACACUGCUGCACAUGGGGGUCAGCCGGGAGUGAUGAGGUAUGGCUCCAUACAUCAUCCUAAAGGGGCAUAUUCUGAAAUUCUCUUUCAGAAUAAUUUUGUGAAAAGUUUGUGAGUUGUAAUAGUUGUUGGAACAGUACAAUAAACAUCUGGCAAACAACAUCUUUUAUUGAAAAUAGUGACUUUUAAUCUCAUGCCUGUGUGAACAAUUGAUGGACCCAGUUAGUCAGUUAGUCAGUAGCCAAUGCUGCAUGAUGUUUGCGUUCUGCUGUUUGUUUGGUGUUUUGGUGUUGUUUCUUCAUUUCGUCCCCCACAGGAAACCAGUGAAUACUUCCUUGUGUUGUUUUCUUGCCACCUGCUGAUCCUCUCUCUGGACCACUCACGACAAGACUUUAUUUAUGAGGGCAUCCUUCCCCUUUCUGGACUUUCCUUGCAAGUCGUCUCCUUGGACCCUGACACGUCACAUUCACCACACAUGUUUGAGAUCAGCAGUCCAAUGGUGGACUCCAAGAUCUUCAUAUGUUCCAGUGCUGGAGAGUUACAGAAGUGGAUGCAAAACAUAGAAGACAGGAGAUACAAGUCACUGGCAAAGCCCAUUAGUCCCUCCCACUGCGCGCUCUCCUAUCUUUUACCCUGUGAUGAGCACUGGAAAAGAGAAGAACUGAAAAAGUACUUGCUGCAAGCUCCCAUAUGGCAGUGGGAGGGCUCGCCUAUACAGCAUAUGGGUCAGCCGGGAUACAUAUCUAUCGUCCAUGUCAUCAACACACAGAGACAGGGACUCCAAGAAAGACUGAUAGUUCUCUUUCCUCAAGACCUCCUGCUACUGUCAGUAGACAACAAGCGUCUGAAUAUAAGAUAUGAGGGCAGGUUGCCCCGACACAGCAUCAAAGCGGUGGAGAGGUCAGCCCUGCCUGGGCGGCUGGAGUUAGAGCUGAUAGGGGAGCUGGUGGAACCCCUGCGAGUCUCCUGUACCUGUCUGGAGGAUUAUCGGAACCUGAUGUUUCAAUUACAACAGCCAGACAGAAACAGCCACGUUACUGUGAGUCACGCUGCACCUCCAAUCAUGCCAAAGCUGCAGAGGAGCAGGAAGGAGUCCCAGGAGCCCAUAAUGACAGCCGACCAAUGUCACAUCAAUGGACGCAGCUGACUCAUCCAAAUGGGGUUAAAGCUUGACUGUAAUUAUAAAUAUGAAAUAAUGUGUAGAUAGUAUGUACAUACUACUUUUAUGUCUAAUUGUGCCACAAAAUGAAGAUACAGCAGUAAGGAGGCUCUGAAAUAUUCUCACCACAUUUUGAUUUAUUUGAGUGAUUUGACCCUCUGAGGAACUAAAAAGAUACUUAUAGUUUCCUUUCAUGUGCGGACAAACAGAAACAGAGUCAUGACCCAGUUUAAGGCCAGAACCCAGAUGAAGAAAUGUUAGAUGUAGCGAUUGUAGAGAUGUUUGACUUUUUCCACAAUAAACUGUUGAAAAUUCCA